AUGGCUGAAGAUUUUAAAGCUCUGACAGCUGAAUUGGCCUCUUUGAAGGCAAAGGUGUCUCGUAUCAGCGAUGAGGCCGAACUUCGCAAGCUGCAUUUCAAGUACGGCUAUUAUCUCGACAAAUGUUUGUAUCAAGAGGUCGUGGAUAUGUGGUCUCAAUCGCCCGAUGCGUUCAUUGAGUUCCACGGAGGAAGAUAUCGAGGAAAGGAAGGCAUCCACCGACUGUUUAUCGAUCGAUUCGCAGGCAAAUUCGUGAACGGCCGUAAUGGGCCUGUCCAAGGUGUCCUCCUAGACCAUGCGAUGCUGCAAGAUAUCAUCGACGUCAAUGAAGAGGGAAAUCAUGCCUGGGGAAGGAUGAGAACCUUGAUGUCCGCUGGCAACCAUGAAAGUAUUGCCAAGGAUCAUCCCCGAGGUCUCGCUCAAUGGUGGGAGGCAGGACUCUACAAGAACGAGUAUAUUAAGGAAGACGGAGUCUGGAAGCCGUAUCGCUACAGAUAUUUCCCCUUCUGGCAAGCCGACUUUGACAAAGGAUGGAGUCACACCAAGCCGGAAUACGUUCCCUUCCCCAAGCACUGCUACCCAGAGGAUCCCCUUGGUCCUGAUCAACUCGUGGAAACUAGGAAUUUAUGGCCAGACACAAAGGUGGUUCCUUUCCAUUACCCUCAUCCGGUCACCGGGAAGCAGGUCAAAGAGAGUGAUUUGUUGGCACCAACAUUGGAUGGCGAUUUGUCCAAGAGUAGCGCAGCUCUGUCAAUUCGUGACCCCGAUGUGCCAGCCACAAAGUUAUAA